CGUCGUGUGCGUCUCGUGUUCCUUCUCACGCCUUCUUAAUGACGUACUAGUGGGCACACCCGCUGAGUCUCACCUCAGUCUUAACACUCUCAACUCCUCCUGCUACUGACUCACGACAACACUUCCUCUACUCUGACGAACGAGGAUGGACCGACGGCUCCUGCUUGUAGGCAUUCUUGUCAUCUUUUUGUCGAGUGGGGCGGUGGACGCCAACUGGUUCACUGAACAGUGGAACAACCUCUCCUCCUCCGUCUCUGGCUUCUGGGCCCAGACCUCCCAGCUGUAUGCCAGCACUCUGGCCACGUUGACAAACCGGUUCACGAACCUGUCAGCCGACGUGAAAGGUUGGCUGUCCAACAAGUCCUUCAAGAAUGCCACGGCGACGAAACUGCUCAGUGAUAUACCUGCGGACGGCUGGAGAGAGCUUAAUCCUGCACUUCUGAUGACAGCCAGCGAGACUGAGGUCAACAACUUGAUCGCCUCGGGUACUGGGAAGGUCCCUCAGAGGUUUCUGGAUGAGCUGAAUCGCUUGACGAUUUCCAACAUGUCAGAUCAAGAAGUCAUCAACACAGUCCAGUCUGAUGCUAGCCAGUGCAAGAACCUGAUAUCAACUGCAGAAGCAUCGAUUGAUGUGGGCUGUCAGAUGACGCUGAGUGAAAUAAUGACGUUGGUGUCAAGGCUGGGUGUCCCUGCAGUGUGGUCUCCACAGAACAUCAGUGACCUUGGCCCGCUGGUCUUCACUCUGCCUGUCUGUGCAGACAAGGUGCAGAACGACUCUACUGCCCAGGCGGUCGUGGACAUCCUUAAAAUGUGCCUGUCAACAUCUCCUGACCCUAACUGCCCACCAGCAAACAAGCUGUGGACCUUUAUCCAGAUGAUGAUCCGACGAAUUCAUGGACCCCCAUCAACCUGGAACCAGAGCAGUGUCGUAGAAUUGGGUGGCGUCAGCAUGAUACCUGAUUAUGCCAUCGUCUACCUGAGUGAUUCACUUGUUCAAGCUGCAACAGUGGAUAUUUCCAAGAUAUCCAUGCCAUUCACAAAGUUCCAGACAUGUGAGAAAUGGAAGCAAGUUCUCUGCAUGGCAAAUCAAUGUUCCAGCUUGUCGGCUGCCGCUGACAAAACAUGGUACAACAGCCUGGGUAACCUACAAGUGUGUGUGGGGCCCUCAGACCUCUCAUCAGAUGGAUUUGCUGAUCCUACUUUGAAAGCAAUAACUUACAACAACUCCAUGGUUAAGGGCAAGGACAUAAACCCUCAGGAUGCCAGCAUCAUCCUGCAGGACAGACUGAUGAACGUAACAGUCGACAACAUCACCCAGUCCGAUGUUACUGCCCUGGGAGGGCCGUUGAUGAUGAGGGCUCCUGCGUGCUAUGUGAAGGCCGCCGCCAGGCGUGGGCUGCUCACCCAACUCCUGCCAUACAUGGACUCUAGUGUUAUGAUGGUCCAAGGUCCAGAGUUCUCAGCUAAGAUAAAUGCACUAAUGAGGGCAAACAUGGCAACAGCGCUUGUCAAUGGAGUUUUCUCACCAAGCCAGUUGAUUGACUCCCUGAAAACUCUAAUUAGCCCAAACCUUCUCAAGGACCAGAGCAAGACUUUCUGGGGGCAGAUUGUUGACAAAGUCAAGGCAACAAAUCGGCCACUUACGACUUACCAAAUUGAUGUCAUGAUCUCACAGCUGGCGGCCACAGACAUGACCAAAAUUGCCCCGUUCUUCAAGGCGUACGCCACUACCAGGAAGAUAGGAGGCCUCGACUCAGGUUCUCUAGCUAUAUUUGCCAAGGAUAUGUCACCUUAUUCUCUUCCAUGCAUGCGGGGUGCCAACUUGACCUAUGGAGGCGUAAGUAACAUCUCCGCCGACAUGAUCAGCAAGGGCAUUGACUUCCUGCCCUGCAUGAGUGCUGCAGAUGCCAAAAAAGUUUCUUCAAGUGACCUCUUCAAUGUGUUUGCAGCUAUCAAGCGUUCAGGCAAACCUUUAUCCAUGGCAUCAUGCCGAGUGUUCAGAAACAAGCUGUUGGACUGGGCCACCACUAACAUGCCCACUGGCACCCAAUCGUUGACAGCUCUUGGACAGCAGUUCUUCCUUAAGGACGUGACGACCAUCCCUCCGUGUGUGAUUGUUGACAUGGGAAAUGUUGCCCUGCAAGUGCUGAACCGGGAGAUGAAGCAGGUAUUGCUGAUGCAGAUGUGCAAGAUGAAUAUCCUGUCCACCAUUCCUCAGGAUGGGAGACGGCUCUUCAUUAACUCUAUCUUCAGUGAUUUGAUGAAUGUACAAGGAGGUAUGCUGGGAAUAUGUGAGUUAAGCAUGCUCGGCAACUGUGCAUUUGACCUCGACCCCUAUAACUUGAUGUUAAUGGACGAGUUUGCCUCCUCAGAGUUUAUCAAGCGUCUGCAGAAAGCCUUCAUGAGCCCGGUGCCUCCCUGUCUCGACCAGACUCAGCAGCAACAGAUUGGUCAGAUGCUCGUCGAUGUCAAAGGGCCCACCAGCACCUGGAAGGACGCAAGUGAUGUCAGCUGCCUCCUGGGAAUGCUCUCCAGCAUCGAUUUGAUGGCGAUCCCGGAUGAGGUCUACACCUCCACGUCCUGCAACAUUAUGAUGUCCCCUUUCGAGGAUGGUCAGCCGGUUAUGUGCUAUAUCGGCAUCAUGGCAUCAGUCAAGAGUAUCGCUGUUGAUCAAACUAAAAGAUGCAUCGCCAUGAGGCAGAGAGAUGGUGGCAUCACAACCUGCGACAUGAUAUCGUGUGGAGGAGUUUCUGUGAUGUCCGCAGCAGAUAUGAGCAAUUUCCAACUACAAGAUGUGAAGGAAAACUUGAUGGACCUUGGCUCCCAGAGCAUGGGCAUGGACAAGGCUAUGGCCCUGGCUAACACAGUAAGGCUGCUGAGAAACCGGGCUAACCUGACGGAGGAGGAGCAGACUAAACUUGGCUACAUCUACCAGGCCUUCACCAAGGACGACAUAAACAGCAUUACCACAUGGAACACUCCAGCAGCCAAGGAGAUGAUCUUCUGGAUGGGAAUGAUGACCUCCAUGUCUGAUGAGGCAAUGAGAGCACUCAGGGACAAUGUGCUAACCAAAUACAAGAGCACAUCGAACAUGACCUCACAGGACCUGAUGCUGCUGGGGCGAGUGGUGUGCUACCUCACUCAAGACCAGAUCAACGCCAUCCCCUUGACUGCUUUUCUGGAUGCCAUGAGGUACUUGGGCAUCCUGGACUGUAGUGGUCAGAACAGCACUGUCAACCUGGCCGCCAAAGCCAUAGCUGCCUACAGCAGUGAUAACAGAAACAUCCAGUACUGGGACCCUGCCACGGUGAGCGAGAUGGGACUCCUGAUGGGUGGUCUCAGCCCAGAGAGCUUGGUCACAAUACCUGAUAGCGCCUUCUCGGGUCUGACCUCAACUGGCAUACAAUCUAUUCCCCCCGGUGUCUUAAAGGUGAUAAAGGUGUCUCAGAUACAGAAUUUGAGUCCCACAACAGCAGCAUCCAUCUCGUCAAAUCAGAUGUCACAGUUCAACGCCGAGAUGAAGGUGGCACUGCAAGGAGUGUUACCCUCUUCACCUCCUGGAGGAAAAGCAGCAGGACUGUGCUUCUCCAACCUUCUGGGAGCCUUGACACUGGUACUGGCAUUGAUGACGUAGGUACCUGGUAACCCCCACCCAACGGUCAUUUUUCGUUACUUUAAUGUCAAGCAUCAUCAGUGGAUGACAUCCAACCAAUGUUAAAGCAAUCAAAAAUGCCCAAUGGGCACUGGAUCAGCAGCUAGGUAGGCCUACUUUAAAAUGUUCACUAGCCAUACAGCUGGAUAUAGGCCUACUUGGAAACUCCCUUUGUGCCAGCAGCUGGACAGGCCUGCUUGGUAACAUCAACUCAUACCAGUCAACUCUCGGAUUAUUCUGGCAGCACACUGAAUUGUUCCAGCUUCGUUGUGAGUGUAAUUACCCAAGUGUUGAUACUGAAUUGUAUAUCAUUAGUUAUAUUUCUUGAACAUUCUCACAUAUUUUAGCUUACUCCUCUUAGUAUUGUUUACCCCAUUAUAUAUAAAUAAUUUUUUAUCUAAAUUCUAAAUUUUGCUUGAAAUGCUUUGUGUAGUAGUGGAUUCAUUUGUAUGUAUAACCCCUGUACUGUAUCUACAAUUGUCCUUUCAUCUUAUGAAUUUGUACACUUAUUCUUAUAAACAAAUAUUAUUAUUAUUAUUAUCAUUAUCAUCAUCAUUAUUACAUUCCAUCUUCCUUAUCAUCAUCAUUAUACGACACUUUAAAUCUGCUCAUGGUUAUAGCAUUCACUACCUUUUCACUUAUAUUGUUCCAAAUGGCUACAACUCUGUUCACAAAAGAAAACUUGUACUGUAUACUUUUCAGUACCUUUGAGUCUUUACCUUGCGGUAAGGGUAAUACUUUAUGUACACUACAUAACGGUCCCUACCUUUUGACCAUCAGUAUUUUAUUGUAGUGGUAUUUUUCACUCAUUUUCUUUUCAUUUUAACAUUUAAAUCUGUGUGUCAGAUUGGCCUCGUCAACUUCCUUAUCUUGUCUGCUCUACUUAUUUACAUUUUUAACUAAAGAAUUUCCUUAAUUCUGACAUCUCUGAGACUCAUUAUUUGUCUUCAGUUUCCAAUUAUAUCCUCUUGUUCUACUGUCCUCACUUCAAACAUGGCUUCUCUAUCUACCUAGUCUUUAGAACAUUGUAUAACGUUAUCAUGUAUACCCUACAGUAUUUCAUCUUUCCUUGUGGUAAGAUCCAGUUCUCACAGCCUUUCAUUUCAUUUUAGUUUAGGGAAGCUCAUUCCCUCUAAGCUCAGAAAUGAGUUUUGAUGCAUCUAUCUUGAGAUGAUUUCGGGGCUUUUAGUGUCCCCGCGGCCCGGUCCUCGACCAGGCCUCCACCCCCAGGAAGCAGCCCAUGACAGCUGACUAACACCCAGGUACCUAUUUUACUGCUAGGUAACAGGGGCAUAGGGUGAAAGAAACUCUGCCAAUUGUUUCUCGCCGGCGCCCGGGUUCGAACCCGGGACUAUGGAUGUGUUUUUGUUUUGUUUUGUAUUUCUUUAGGCGAGUGUGUCUAUUUGCUCACGCAAAAUAACUGCAGAGAAACAUUGAAUUUUUUCAAAUAUUUGUACCUUGUGGCAUCUCAGUAUACAACACUUUCUUCAGUAUGUAAUUGGACACAUAUCUUUGAUGAAAAUAACUGUAGUGUUUGAAUGUGAAUACAUCAAUAAGUAUAAAGGAAUUUAUUGUUAUUUUUAACUAUUUUUGAAGAAAUGAGACUUAAUUUUUUAGAAUGGUAUAUAGCACAAUAAAAGUUGUCUUUACACUUGUAGCUGUUUUGUCUUGUAAUCCUUGAUGGCCAUGUAUAUAGGUGUACUGUAAUCCUAGAUGGCCAUAUAUAUAGGUGUACUGUAAUCCUAGAUGGUCAUAUAUAUAGGUGUACUGUAAUCCUAGAUGGUCAUAUAUAUAGGUGUACUGUAAUCUUAGAUGGCCAUCUAGGAGGUGUAUUGUAAGCCAAGAUGGCCAUAUAGGUGUAUUGUACUUAGAUUUGUAGUUCUGGAGGUCAACAAAACCUAUCUGAAACGGUGUUCAUCACACUGUCAUACUCAUGUAUCAUGUUCGUCAUACUUCUGUGUUGUUUGUCUGCUCCCGUAUCAUGUUUGUCAUACUAAUGUGUCAUGUUUGUCAUACUAAUGUGUCAUGUUCAUCAAAUUCCUGUCAUGUUUGUCACAGUCCUGUGUCAUGCUUGCCACACAAUCAUUGUCCUGUGUCAUGCUAGUCACAGUCAUACUGCCGUAUCAUACUAUUACAGGUCAUACUUUUGCUAUUCACACUGUUAUAGCCUUGUCAUGCAUGCCACACUGGCAACACACUCCAUCUUUUCAAUGAAUCUCAAAUUAUCCUCAAUAGUUGAAGAUGACUUGACUGCUACCAGUGUUAAAAAUUUCCUAGAACUAUUCACCUCCCAGUCAUUACUACACAAUCUUUACAUUUAUUUAGGCCCAUAUGAUAUGCCGGAUCUAUUUUAAUAAUAUACUUACAAACCCCA